AUGAAGGUAGCCGGGCGGCUGUCUACAGACGACUCCAUGACGGACCAGCGGGAAACCGGUAGAACAUCCCGGACUGUUGGUCUUGAUAAAGGUCGCUUGUCUGCCUUCGAACCUCUUGUUAUAUCUACAUAUAAUGUGCGUACUUUACAUCAGAAAGGUAAAAUUCACCAACUCUUCAUGGGCUGUGCAGAUGCAGGCGUUGACAUCAUCGGAAUCCAAGAGCACAGGCUCAUCACAUCCAACUACACAGAGGAAAUUUGGUCAGACGAUAGAAACUGGGUCAUGGUCUACAGUUCAGCAACCAAACAGAGGCAAGGAGAUUGUUUACCAACGCCAGACAAAGAUGACUUCUAUACAUCCCUCACGGACUAUCUAGACCAAGUUAAGAGGCACAAACUCCACCUUGUCCUUGGCGAUUUUAAUGCCAGAGUUUGGCUAUACAGUCACCUCUCUCACCCCGAGGUUAUUGGAGGAUAUUGCCACCAUAAUACCACAAAUGACAAUGGCGAGCGGUUGGUCAACCUGUGCCAGGAACAUAAGAUGAGACCUGCUCAAAUGAAAUUUCCACAACCAAGAAGCCGCCAGUGGACUUGGUCUCAUCCAGCCGGAUCAGUAUAUCAUCUGGAUCACAUCUUAAUCAACAGCAAGUGGAUCAACUCUCUCCGCAACUGCCGUGCUUACAACUCGGUAGAAUUGGAUUCUGACCAUCGUAUCGUCAGCAUUCGGCUUGUCACCAGUCUGAGAACUAGCAAAGGAAAACCUUGCAAGAGACCCAAGUUCAACUGGAAGAAGCUGCAGGAUCCUGUCACGAGAGAGAUGUUUCAAUUGGAGCUAUCAAUCGAUUCCAAGUUCUUAAUGUGGAAGACACACCAAGUAUUACAGAUAGAUAUGCACACUUUGAAGCAGCGGUCAAGGAAGUUGCAGAGACAGUGGUUGGCAAGCGUGAGACUUGUGGAAUGCCAAGUUGAGUAUCAGACAAGACCAUCCGACUGA